GUACAGAUUUCUAUGUAUUUUAAACUUGUUACAUUAUUUUAAGUAUUUAUUACGGAUAAUAAAUAGUAGAUGAGAGUGUCCGACAAAUAUGGUGUGGGUAGAUAUCCCUGGGACGCGGGAAAGUCCCAAUAUCCGCAGUGACUUGGAAAUAUCACGUCGUGAGCCCAUAUGUGAAAACCCUCGACUCAGGAGCAGUAGCCUGAACAAAAACGGGAACAGCAACGCAAACAAACUCCCAAACGACAUAAAUCACAAUCAGACGACGACGGAGAUUCCCAAGACUUUCAACCAAAGAAACUCAAACAGCGGAAACAGAGUGCCCUUAGUUCAGCUCCGUGAUGUUCGAAGGCAGUUUAAAACCCCGACGUGUGUAAGUUCAUCCAACUUGGAAUCCUGGGAUGAGAGAGUUGAAACGCGGGAGGUGAGAAGGGGAGGGCAGACACGUGUAUUCAGAGAUAGACAUGAAGAGAAUAGUGGUAAUGUUUCGCACGUUGAUUAUAUCGAAGAUAAUCUGAAUUUAAAAUCCAAAAAUGCAAAUGGCGCGGAGGAGGAUGAUAUAUGCGAAGAAUAUCAGUGGUUAGAAGAAAAAUGUAAAGCGCAAGGAUUUAGUAAAUGUUAUUUAGAUAAUGACAGUACUAAACAGUUUAGCGGGUUGAAAAUAAAGGCAAUAGAAAAGUAUAAGUUGCCUCAAGAACUAUAUAAUUAUUCAGAAGUGUACAUGAAAAUUGCUAAUGAAAUAAAAAACGAUUCACCUGUGAACACUGAAAGUUAUGACAAAUCCAAUGAAUUAGAAGAGUCGGGAAAUUAUGAGGCUUCGAAGCCUCGUCCUGGGAAAUUCGUAUCGAAUCGGUAUGACAUACCCAUCACCAAAGAUCAUUCAUAUUCACUGCCAGAUUGUAUCGAAUUUGACGACAUAGACGAGGAGUAUGAGGGCUACGACGAGUUUCAGGACGAGUUUAGCAUCGACCAAACCAGUCUUGUCUUUAACGCACGGGAGGAAGAUGCAUCAUUCCUUCUUCAGGAAGAUGUCCGUGUUAUCAUUCCAUCCUUCGACGACCUCACGCUCAACGACCUCUCGCCACUUCUGGAAAUACCUCUACCUGUCGAUUACUUAUCACCCCCAUCACCUCCAAAAGACAAUAGGCGCAAUGGUGCGUCUCCUCCCGACCAAGAAUUAUUUGAACUUCUUCCAUUAGGCUCGGACAGGGACAAGAAUGGGAGCAGAGGCAUCCUUGCCAGUUGUCAAAUCCCGGAGAGUGUCGGCAGGGUUCCAGACGUCCUGCAAGAUUUGAGGGAGAUUAACAAAAAAUGUCAUUCGAAGAGAACCCUUCUGAAAGAUACCUACUACAAUAAUUUCCCUCUCAAGAGCGCAUACUUGCGAGAUCCUUCGUUAAGAAACUUCUACCACAUGGAACCCUCUAUUGUUAUCGGCGACAUCACACUGCCACGCCCGAAGGUUUCUCACUUGAAAAAUCGUUCUAUGAAGUACUCUUCCUUGAAGGACUCUUUCCUGAAAGAGUCUCCUCCUUCGUGCCGGGGCUUGGAGCUCACGUGCGAGAGCCCAGAAUCCCCUGACUCCGGGCGAAGGAGCUCGGGAUCUUCACGAGACGAGGAGGCACUUGGACCUAAAUUCUUCGCCGACUUAUGCAGCCUCUGGCCCGACCUUAUUGUUCGGUUGGCCCACGACAUCUCGUUAGAAUCUCCAUCAGUCGAAGAUGCCCCCGAUCCUCCUGACCCUCCCAACAACAGCGAAGUCAACAUCCGUCGUUCCUCAUUGGUUGGUGAUGUCCAGCCUAACACCCCGCGAUCUCUGCACGAUUCCCACAACCGUGCCACUACCACGUCAUCGUCGGGUAAGUGUUGCUCUGAUGAAGACCACUGCUGCCCCCAGCUCAUGGAGGAACAGACUCAGGAGCUGAGAGCGGCAGGCGUGGCAUGUAGUAGUCCUAAGAGACAGGCCGAAAUCUUGGCGUCGGGAAAUACGGGGCUGCAGGUGGGCCCCUGUAUCAGCGCCGGAAUCCAGCCCACUUCCUGCCCCAGUCCGAUCUGUGGCAGCCCGGCCCCCAGGAGGCCCAGGCCGGGAACCGUAUCGUCAGGGCCUUCUAGUGUCGAGAGCGUGGAGAGCGUGGAUAGCAGCGAUACUGGAGAAGUUAGUGUGUGCGAAUUCUUCGCUGGAGAUCUUGAGGAACUCACUGAUGACAUUACACCUCCUGACGGAGACCUGGAGGGGGCAGUGCGGCCCUCCAUGCCUUGGGACCCGAGGCCGAACGAGAGGAAGCGACGGAAACUCCCAGAGAUUCCCAAAAAUAAGAAAUCGUUCAGCACGGCGAGCAUCCUGGCCCUACGGACGCCCACCUUGGCGGAGGAGCUGCAGGAGGCGGAGUCCGGGGUGGCGUCAAGGAGCUCUACGCCCGACGCCCUCACUCUCAUCAAUAACCACUCUAAGCCCAUCCUCGUGCUCAAGUGCCACUCCUACAUCAGAGAUGACAGUAGUAGCCCGGACUCAGAGCUGCGGCUACCCCUCAACGACAUCGAUUCCGGUAAUUCAACACAGCACUCUCCUGAUGGCGCGAAGUCUAUGUCGCCACAGGCUACGGUCAAUGAGUCGCUGUCGCCCAUGUCUCCAGGGUCGGGUGGUGUGCCCUUCCCCCAGUUGGAGCUGCUGGAGGGUACCCACAGGGGGCUUUAUCGCUUCAUUCCCCGACACCACGACGAGGUCGACAUCGACAUUGGUGACCCCAUCUAUGUCCAGAAGGAGGCCGACGAUCUCUGGUGCGAAGGAGUUAACCUGCGGACGGGUCGACAGGGCAUCUUCCCCGCUGCUCAUGUUACAGAUGUCGACUACUCGGAUUUCGACCCUACAGUCCCCAAAGUGAAGAAGGAACGCUACCUCCUCAACUACCUUGGCUCUAUAGAAACUCUCUGUCACAAAGGCAACCAGGUGCUGUGUCAGGCGGUGAGGAAGAUCGCUGGAGGGGAGGAGACGGCCCACCUCCCGCACCCUUGUAUCCUGGAGGUGUCAGAUCAGGGCAUCAGGAUGGUUGACAAGAGUAAACCUGCGCCCAACCACGUGCCCUGUCACGACUACUUCUACCACCUCAAACAUGUUUCCUUCUGCGCCUUCCACCCAAAGGACCAUCGCUACUUUGGUUUCAUUACCAAACAUCCGACAAUUCAACGUUUUGCUUGUCAUGUUUUUAGAAGCAACGACAGUACCAGACCUGUCGCAGAAGCUGUAGGACGCGCCUUCCAGAGAUUCUACCAGAAGUUCAUUGAGACAGCUUAUCCAAUUGAAGAUAUUUACCUUGAAUAGUGCCUAGGAGUGAUCAACAUUAAGAAUGUGUGAUAAGCCUCUGGAUCAAAAUGAAUUUACAGGGCAUUUUCAAUGGUUAUUACCGGAGUAAUUAAGGGCCGCAUUGCAAUGUUAACGCUCAGAAUUUAGAAUAGGGAAAAAAAUAAAUGUUAAUGAGGAGAAUGGAGUAUCAUUUGAAAGAUGUCCUAGCUUCUACAUAUUCAAACAUGCAUCAAGCCUGGGUCAAAACUUCAGAAGAUGCAGCGUGAAGCAAAAACUGCAGCAGUUGGUGCAAAUAUGAGUUGCUUAGUUUUUUCUUUCUUUUGAGACAUUAAUGAAACCUAACAGUUACUUAGCUUUCAUGCACAGAUGUCAGAAAAUUCUUUAAUGUUAAUACUAUGCUUAGAAUUGAAAUGUGAAUUAUAUUUAUACUAUACUCUGGGAAUAAUAUAUAUAAGUUGUAGCAGUGUUUAAGCGCCUUGAUCUUGGCAGAGAUCAGUGAUUUUUUUCCUUCGUUUGAUAAAUAAUUCAGACAAACUACGUUUUCUUUUCUUUAAAUGCUAAUGCAAUUGUUUGAAAGAAGUUUCUCGUGUGUAUAUAUUUAUAUAUAUAUAUAUAUAUAUAUAUAUAUAUAUAUAUAUAUAUAUAUAUAUAUAUAUAUAUAUAUAUAUAUAUAUAUAUAUAUAUAUAUAUAUAUAUAUAUAUAUAUAUAUAUAUAUUAUAGAAAUGAGAAUUUCUCAGAUUUUUUUUAAUGCUUGUAAAUAUGUAGUACAUCUUCCGAGUCAUUAUUACUGAAGUAAACUUCAAAGCUUGUCCCUUAGGCAUGAGCACACACUGCAUCUUUUUGCUAUGGAAGUUGCUUGUACUGUUCCUAUUACAGAGAAAACCAACACAUCAGUAUUCAGUCACAUAUAUAGAUUGGAUAAUUUAUCAUACUGUAUGUAAAGAUCUAACCCUCCAUUAUACAGGUGUAUUCUACUCUAAAAUAAAAUUAAUAUUCAGUCAUAAUUCAAUCGAUUUCAGAAUCUAAGGAUUAAAAUUUGCUCAGCACUUAUAUGGUUCCUCCAUCAAGCAUUGAAGAUUUCUAGAAAAUAAGAAAUAAUUUGAAUUCAGAAACUGUAAUUUCACCAUUUUUAGGGAGUAAGUGCUCGAAUACAGGAUCGUGUUAUUCUUGAAUGAAUUUAAUCCUCGUUAUUAUGUGUAUAAGUUCUCUGUUAUUGUAUUUAGCUCGUCAUAAUAUAUAUUAUAAGUGGAGGUUUAAAAUUUUCAGGUAUAUUUGGUGAUAAAUUUUGUUUUAGUAGACCAAACGUACAGUAGAUGUGACAUGUUUUUCAUACGUCGGGGAAACCCAAUAACUAUUUUCAUUAAAACUAAUCUAACCAGGUUAGUGUAGCAUUCACAUUCAGGACCUCAUGAUUUAUUAUUCACAGCAUAUGCUAAAAAAAUUCUUCUGAACUUUGCCUCUACUUGUAAUUCUAUGCGAUAUUUUGCAUAUGUAUAUAUGUAAAUUUUAAUAAUUGUAAUUUAGGAUUUGGCCCUCAAUAUUAAAAUCUAUUGUAAGCAUAGUGGAACUGUCUGAAAACUCUUAUGUGCUGUAUUAUGAAAUUUAUGAAAUGGUACACUAUAAAUGUAUAUAUAUAAUUGGUAUAGAUAACUAUAAUUCAUACUACUGUAUCAUGCAUUCCUUCAUGAAAGUGUACUUGAAAUUUAAUUUAGCUGCUAAGAUGUGAAAUGUGUGUGAGCUGAAAGUUAUGAACAGGAUUAUACUUUACAUGCAAACAUGAAUCCUAUAUAAUUAGAAUGUACAGGCAGUUAUACUGUAGGUAUGUCAUGAAAUAUAUGCAUUGCAAAUUUAUUUUAUUGUACAAUCAUUUCAUGUGAAAAUAAGCUUAUGUAACCAACUGUGUUGUAACUGCUAAAUACAUUAUAUUGAUGUUACAUUUGGUUAAAGAAAUACAUUGUUUAAGCUAUUAAUUUUUCUUAUUGUUAUGUAUUAUUUUAAGUUCUAAUAACUAUAUUUAUAAAUACAGGAUUUGGUUAUUAAAAUACAUAUGAACAGAAAAUUAAUUUAUUAAAUUAUUUGAAAUACAGUUCCAGAAUUUUGUCCCAGCAAAUUGGUCUCUUCUGGUUUUCUAUUUUGAUAAUAUCAAUAUGAUAGACGUUUUGUUCAGUUUGGUCUGUAAUAUCAUACUCUUAUAUACAGUACAGCACCCGAACCAGUGUCUCUAUACAUUAGGAAAUUACAAAAAAAAGUAAGAUUUACAAAAAUUCAUCCCUGUACAUGUAUCUCUAACACUGAGAUAAGCUGAAGAUACUACUUUAUCUCUCGAAUUAUGUCUCGGAAGAGGGACUGUCAUGUUGGCCGGUCUCUUUGCCUUGUCCCGUCUGCUGUCCUAUCGUAACACUCUAUUCCCCCGUUUUUCUGUGAUACAAAAUUUUUCUUCGUGAAGUUGAUUUUUUUCUAAUGACUUUCAAAACAGAUUUCCGUUUUCUUUUGGUAUAAGCCACCAAGAAAUAUCUUUGUGUGGGUAUUUUACCAAAAUGCUUGAUUCUCAAAUCAGAUUCUCUAUGAGAUAUCUUAAUAUAUCACACAUGACACGCACUCUGUCAAUUAAUCAUUCUAAUUGUGACAUCCACAGCCAUUCAUAGCACACAAUAUCAUGUAGCGUCUUUUGUCAACUGUGUAUUUGACUGUAAUAUGACCAAAAAAACUCACACUAUGUAGGAAAAAAUCUGCACAAAAGCAAAGUUUGGCGUCUUUUAAUAGCCUGUAUAGUAUGUUACUUCUGUAUGAUAAUAAGGCUAUUAAAGGAACGUCAUAUAUGACUGUACAUUGUUAUGUAGUUCUGAACUUAUCAUUGGUGAUAUAUCAGCAGUGUAUUAAAUGACAAUAUGCUGCUUUCAGAGUAAUCACGACUACGAUAUAAUUUGGACCAAAUACUGAAAUUUUAUUAGUACAUACUGAAGUUAUCAUAAUUUAAUUAUCCAUCAAAAUAAUGAAAAUCGAAAAAUAAAAUAUGGCCUAUCUUUUGACUAUGCUGAUAUGAUGAUCAAUUAUUUAUUACAGUACUAUUAGUUUCAGAAUUUGGUACGUGUGAAUUUAGAUUAUGUACUAUGACAUCUUGAAUAGAAUGACUUGUAGACAAAAUUUAUAUGGUCUUCCAGGGCAAUUUUUCUCUGCUGAACCUCGAGGAAUAAUGUUAAUAUUUCUUACCAGAAAUAAUUAACGUAGUGAAAACAAUAUUUAUAAAGUAUAAUAUUUGGAAUCUGUUUAUUUGCUAACGGACAACCAAAAACAAUAAAAAAAGUUUCAACUUCACAGUAUUUUUCAUUGUUAAAUCUUUAAGUGAUAUAAGAAAGCUAGUAAGACUGUAAAACCCUCAUUCAAGAGUGAUAUACAGAGUUUGUUAUUAUAUUUUGUAUUCAUUCACUACAGCUAGAACGUAUUACCUCCUGAUAGCAAAUUUUACUUGAUAUUCAAAAUUCAAAAGAAAAUAUAGUACUCCUGCAUUACUUAAUAGGCAAAACAUGUCAAGAGAUCCCAAUAUUUUGCCUUACACAAGAACUUGAUUGGUUUCUCGGAAAGUUUUGCAGGCACGGAUCUGAGGUUGUCUUAGGGAAGAUAUUAUCACCACUGAACAGAGGUAUUCACCAUUGAAAAAUGAGAAAAAUCAAAAUGGUCAUUCUCAGAACGAAUAGUUAUUUAGCUAUUCGUUCUCAAAAUAGUCAACAAUGCUCGGCUAUGCUUCAAAGAUAUUUUUCAUUUAAUUCAAUACACUCUGGGACGCAGACAAUAUUGUUUUCUGACAAUACCGAGUAACUCUUUGCAGCACUAACCUACUAUUGAUGUAAUACUUCCUGUAAUAGGUUUGGCCAAUAAAAUAGACAAUACAUUGUAAAAUUAACUUUUAUGAAAUAUAUCCCAUCUGUAUAUUAAAAAAAAUCGUAGUAAAAUUAUUGUCUCUAAUCUGCGAACCUACAGGUCAUCAGUAAUUUUUAAAUCCCUUUACAAGCCUUGGUUCUGCCUACAUGCUGUGCACACUUUUUUGGGCCGACAUGAUGGUAAGUGAUAAUAUGAAUUGUAGUGCAGCAAAGUUUAAAACAAAAUAAAAAAUAUAUGGCUUUCGUUACU